AGCGUGCAUCUAAAACCGUCUCUCGACGUCAGGGCGAUCGAUGACAGGCCGUGGCAGUAUGUAUGGGCAGAACCAGCGCACCGGCGCCAACCUGUACGGCCACAGCGGCUACGCCAACGAGACCUUGCAUGCGAUGCCAUCGUCGUCACAGCCGCCGCCCGAAGCCCGCGGCCGGAGCUACGGCGGCGGCCAGAGCUCGUUCAACCCCUUCGCACACGAAGGCCAAGGCCGAUACAACAACCCGUACGAGCAGCCGCCGCCGCCCACGUCGCAGACGAUGCAGAUCAACCAAGGCAGCGGGUUCCACUCGAUGGGCCAAGGCCACCACCGCCGGCGUGCCGAGAAUUUCGAGGUCGUCUCGACGAGCUACCAGCCGCCAGCGGCGGAAAGUGGCUACGGCAGCUACGCACAAUCGGAGCCGCAGGCGUAUGGCUAUGAUCCGAGCUACGGGCAGACGUCGCCAGGAGAGUACCAGUCGUCGUACGGGGCACCACCUGCGUACUCGCAGGGCAGCGAUGGCUACAACUACCCGGCGUACGCGGAGGCUGUCAAGUACCAGUAA